AUGCUGGCCAUCACCGCCGAGUGCCUGGACACCCUGGCCCGCGCGGCGGCGGCCCUGCAGCUCGCCGACACCCGGCCCGCCUCGCUGGCGGCCGCCGCCCGCCAGGCCGCCGCCGCCGCCCAAGAGGCGCAGGACCGAGAGGACGUGCUGGUCAUGAGCGCCGCCUACGGAUCCUACAUGGCAUCCUCCUCCAACCUGCGGUACCAGAUCCUGGCCGGCCUGGUGGAGGAGCGAGGCAUCGAGGUGCUGUUCAAGUCCAGCCCCGCCGCCUGCGCCGUCUCCUCCUUUGUCUACACCAAGCGCGGCGACGACUUCAAGAGCGAGCUGGACUUUGUGUUUGCCAACCUGGUCAUGGCGAUCAUCGCCGACUUCAUGCUCGUCUGGCUGCCGGCGCCCACCUUUGCCACCAAGUGA